GCUCCUUUUCUCUGCUGAUCCUCAGCCCAUGACUGGAGAUGUUAUCUAUACAAGGGGCUGGUAUGUUAUAAUAGUUAUUUAUCGGAGUGUGCAGGCUGUACGGUCUGCCCCAGUGUAUGGUGAGACCGAUAUCAUUUCAUGAUACUCGUUUUCCAGUCGCCUUUCGUCCUGUCAUUGAAGGGUUGCUACCAUAUCUAAAUUCAUACUGAAAUGGCAACCCGCCUACGACCAGCAAGCAAGAAAUGCACAGUGAUUGGGGGCAGUGGAUUUUUGGGCCAGCACAUAGUAGAACGGCUGUUAGAUAAAGGAUAUACAGUCAAUGUUUUUGACAUCCGCCAAGGAUUUGAGAAUGAACGUGUGCAAUUUUUUAUAGGCGAUCUCUGUAGUAAAAAGGACUUGCUUCCUGCACUGCAAGGAGUUAAUGUAGUAUUCCACUGUGCUUCACCAGCACCUUACAGUGAUAAUAAAGAAUUGUUCUAUAGGGUCAACUUCACUGGAACUAGAACAGUUAUCGAAGCUUGCAAAGAAGUUGGUGUUCAGAAACUCGUGUUGACCAGCAGCGCCAGUGUAAUUUUUGAAGGGAAAGACAUAAAGAAUGGGUCUGAGAACCUGCCUUAUGCCAGCCAACCCAUUGAUUAUUAUACAGAGACCAAGAUUUUGCAAGAGAAGGAAGUUUUAGCUGCUAAUGAUCCUGAAAACAACUUCUUUACUGUUGCUAUCCGGCCUCAUGGUAUAUUUGGCCCAAGAGACCCACAGCUUGUUCCUAUACUUAUUGAAACAGCUAAAAGUGGUAAAAUGAAAUUCAUGAUUGGGAAUGGGAAGAACCUGGUCGAUUUUACAUAUGUUGAAAAUGUCGUUCAUGGCAACAUUUUGGCAGCUGAACACUUGCACAAAGAUGCAGCAAUCUGUGGAAAGGCAUAUCACAUCACAAAUGAUGAGCCUAUUCCAUUCUGGACUUUCUUAUCCCGGGUUCUGGUUGGUUUGAACUAUGAAGCACCAAAAUAUCGCAUUCCUUACUGGUUGGCUUACUAUCUAGCAAUGUUGUUGUCUCUACUUGUAUUUAUCAUAAGUCCACUUAUCAAAAUCAAGCCAACCUUUACCCCAAUGAGGGUUGCUUUGGCUGGGACCUACCAUUAUUAUAGCUGUGAGCGAGCAAAGAAGGACAUGGGUUACAAGCCAGUGGUCACCCUGGACCAAGCAUUGGAGAGAACUAUACAAAGUUAUUCUCACCUAAGACGAGUAGGCUGAAAAGUGCUACUCACCACGCUAAAAUUUAAUGUGGUGUGAAAUCACUGACUGAAAUAGAUGUUAACAGUGCAUCUUUGAAGACAGUUUGAUACCUUAUUAUUUUGGUUGCCUGACUGAAAUUAAACAUGUGCUAAGCCUC